GUAGAACAAUCCGAAACAUCAUCUAUUUUUUGACUUUUUGCUCUUCUCUCGACACGCUCCAUAGUGAAUUCCAGUAUAUUCGAAUAUCCAUAUUCCCAAGCAUCCUAAUACCAUUCUCAUAUCCAGAUCUUUGUAGAUGGAUUGAAUUUCUUAAUCUCCGCUCGAUCAGUUUUAUUCGUUUUUAGGUUUUGUAUUUUGGUUCCUUUUCUGUUCUUCAUCAAUUGGCAGAUCCGUGAAAAAAUCGUAUUUUAAUCGGAGAUCGUUGGUCGCGAUGAAGAUCGAGGAGCUGGAUGAUUCUAUUGCGAGUAAUGACGUUGGUGAUAAAGAUGGAAGCAUGAUCGCAGUCCGGGUUGAUGCUAAAAGGGCUCUAGUUGGGGCUGGGGCCCGUAUCCUGUUCUACCCGACUCUUUUAUACAACGUUUUCCGGAACAAAAUUCAGGCCGAGUUCCGAUGGUGGGACCAAAUUGAUCAGUUUCUGCUGUUGGGUGCUGUUCCGUUCCCAAAAGAUGUACCUCGUUUGAAGGAGCUCGGAGUUGGUGGUGUGAUUACUCUGAAUGAGCCCUAUGAGACUCUGGUUCCAACCUCUUUGUACUAUGCUCAUGGGAUAGACCAUCUUGUAAUUCCAACUAGAGAUUAUCUCUUUGCUCCUUCUUUUAGUGAUAUUGACCUAGCCGUCGAUUUCAUUCACAGAAACUCUUGUAGUGGUCAAACAACAUAUGUCCACUGCAAAGCAGGAAGGGGAAGGAGCACAACUAUUGUUCUCUGUUAUCUUGUGGAAUAUAAACACAUGAGUCCAACUGCAGCAUUUGAAUAUGUUCGAUCGAGGAGACCCAGAGUGUUACUGGCUCCUUCACAAUGGAAGGCAGUCCAAGAGUAUCAACAACAAAGGGCAGCUGCUAAAGCCAUGUGCACGUCUGGAGAUGCUGUGUUAAUUACAAAAGCAGAUCUUGAAGGAUAUCAUAGUCCCUGUAAUAAGGAGCUGAGGGUCGUGUCCCGGAUGAAUAGGACAAAGCCUAUGAUGGCCAUGCUAUCUUGCCUCUUUGCAUCUCUCAGAGUUUCAGGUAACUGUGGGCCUGUGAUGAGGCAGUUGACCGAGGCUCGUGCUUGCUAAAAACCGGCAUCUUUUUAGCCGCUGCUAGCUUGUACAAUGUGUUGUGUGAUACAUACGGACUGUUGGGAAGUGUUAAAAAAGAGUGUUUUUGUGUUAAAAAAUAAAAAAAAAAAAAAAUGGAGAAGAAAGAACAAAGGGCAGGGGAGAUAAAUGUGGCUUGUGAUGACCGUCAUCAUUUGUAUAUAGGCAUGGAUGAGCAUACACUGCAGUUCAAUCGAUGUAUAGUUGCGUUUGAUUUAAUGAUUUCCCUUGUUUGCCGAAUAAGGAACAAAUCCCGGUAAUUGGAAAUUAAAUAAAUGAAACCGAGUUGCAUCAUAUAAUUGUUGACAGAUGGGUUUAUUACGCUUUACCUCAUUAAGAAAAAAUCUUCAAUGUUGUGCAUGUAAGUCUGAAGUUUUAAUUGC